AUGAGCAACGACGCCGGGAAAGAGCUGUUGGACCUGCUGAAGAACCCCUUUAGUUCUCAGCUUGCCAAGAACUCAGUCUGGGCUGCUCUGGGCACCUCACUCGGUGUCACUCUCGGUAUUGCCGUCACCUUCUCAUUUCUUCGACCGUACAACCAGUCCGUCUAUGCGCCCAAGCUUAAGCAUGCCGACGAGAAACAUGCUCCGCCGCCCAUCGGUAAGAAAAUCUGGUCCUGGAUCCCGCCGCUAUGGAACACGACCGAGGAUGAGCUGGUCCACCAUGUCGGCUUGGAUGCCACUGUCUUCCUCCGCUUCGUCCGCAUGUGUCUCUACAUAUUCGCAACCAUUUCUGUUUUCGGUCUUGGAAUCCUGAUCCCUACCUACCUGAGCACUGCAGAGAGCAGUUCGACCAAGGAUAGGUCCUGGAUCGAUCUGAUCACUCCCAUUGCAGUCUGGGGCGAUGCGUACUGGGCACAGGUCGCAGUAGCGUACAUCAUCACUUUUACCGUUAUGGGCUUUCUGUGGUGGAACUAUCGCAAGAUAUUGCGGCUUCGACGCAAGUAUUUCGCGAGCGAAGAAUACCAGAACAGUUUGCAUGCCCGGACCCUCAUGUUGUACGAUAUUCCCAAAGCCAAAUGCUCUGACGAGGGCAUUGCAACAAUCAUCGACGAAGUCGUGCCGGCCUCAUCUUUCUCCCGCACCGCCAUCGCCCGCAACGUCAGAGAACUUCCCAAGCUGAUUGAGCAACAUGACCAUACCGUUCGCAAGUUGGAAGAAGUACUGGCAAAGUACAUGAAGAAGCCCGACCGGCUUCCGGCUGCCAGACCGAUGUGCAAGCCCUCCAAGAAGGAUCCCUCUUUCGCGACGUAUCCCAAGGGACAGAAAGUCGACGCCAUCGAAUACCUAACCCAGCGGAUCAAAGAGCUCGAAAUCGAAAUCAAAGAGGUCCGCUUGAGUGUUGACAAGCGGAGCACCAUGCCUUAUGGUUUCGCCAGUUACGCAGACAUUUCCGAGGCGCACAACAUCGCAUAUGCCAGCCGCAAAAAACACCCGCACGGCGCAAGUAUUUCCAUGGCCCCGCGUCCAAACGAUAUCCUUUGGGACAACCUGGUAUUGACCCCUUCGGUGCGCCGGUGGAAACGUAUUGUGAACAACCUCUGGAUCGCGGUGCUUACCAUUGUCUGGAUCGCCCCGAACGCUAUGAUUGCCAUCUUCCUCAUCGAUCUGAACAACCUCGGCAAGGUCUGGCCGGCCUUCCAGACGGAACUGCUGACCAAUCCCGAAUGGUGGAGUAUUGUCCAGGGUAUUGCAUCUCCUGGUCUGAUGUCACUGGUAUAUCUCGUCUUGCCCAUGAUCUUCCGUCGACUCUCGAUGAAAGCUGGAGAUCGGACCAAGACGGGUCGCGAGAGGCACGUCCUGGCCAAGUUGUACGCCUUCUUCGUUUUCAACAACCUGAUCGUUUUCUCGCUCUUCAGUACCAUCUGGUCAUUGGUGUCGGCAGUUGUGAGCGAAACCAGCGAAAAGAGUGUCGACGCCUGGCAGGCCAUCAUCGACCAGAACCUUGCAACCACCAUAUUCACGGCGCUUUGCUCAGUCAGUCCCUUCUGGGUCACUUGGCUACUUCAGCGUAACCUCGGUGCCGCUAUCGAUCUCGCCCAGCUUUGGAAACUCAUCUACAGCUUCUUUGUGCGAAAGUUCUCGAGUCCGACGCCCAGAGAGCUCAUUGAGCUUACGGCACCUCCGACCUUUGAAUAUGCCUCUUAUUACAACUACUUCCUCUAUUACGCGACCGUUGCUCUGGGUUUCUCUGGAAUUCAGCCGUUGGUUCUUCCUGCUGCCGCGUUGUACUAUGGAAUCGAUUACUGGCUCAAGAAGUACCUGCUGCUCUACAUCUUCGUCACCAAGACCGAGUCCGGAGGCAUGUUCUGGCGCGUCCUGUUCAACCGCAUGCUGUUCGCCGUUUUCUUGUCAAACUGCGUUUUCUUCCUCAGCUCAUGGGCUCGAGCCGACUGGGCCUACCACAGCCAGGCCUUUGCCAUCAUUCCGCUGCCCAUUCUGUUGAUCAUUUUCAAGAUCGUCUGCUCCCGACUGUAUGACGACAAGAUCCACUACCUCUCGACCACUAACGUCGCCAAGCACCCCGAGGCCGGAGUCAUGAAAGAAACUCGCCUCCGCAGCGAGCGCUUGGCAUCGCGUUUCGGCCAUCCAGCCUUGUACAAGCCUCUCAUCACGCCGAUGGUACACCAGAAGGCCCAGCCUUACUUGCAUGUUGUGUACAAAGGUCGCCUCUCGGAUGGAAGAGAUGUUAACACCGGCGAUAUGAUGAGCGUUUCUGGCUACUCAGAUGUGUACGCGUUGGAUCCCAUGAAGUCUGGCAAGCCCGGCAAGUCAGCGGGUAUCCCCGGCUUUGAGUUCGUUUCCGAGUCGAACCUGGAUUUCGAAUUCUACAAGAAUAGGGCGGAGUUCGCAGAGGAGCAUGGCCAGGGUGACAUCUUUGGACGGGACCCCGACAUCAUGCGCCCUGGCACACCUGGAUCGAUGUCUGACUUUGGCUCUCGUCCUGGAACGCCCACGGGUGCCCCUUUACAGGGUGGCAUGACCGGUCAGCGCCGCGAUGUUUCCGGUCAGUCUGGAUUCUCGGCUUCUAGGCCUACUCCGCCUUCCGGGUACAUGUCACCGACUGGAAGCGGCCGCCAGUCCCCUACCAUGGGACCGCCGCAAGCUGGCUUCGCUCAACAAUCGACCAUGGGCGAACGGUCCCGCAGCCCCCUGUACACCAUCAACAGCAACGGGAGCGAUACGGCGCUCGUGAGAAAUGCCGCAGGUAUGCCAAUGAGCGCACAUACGGCCGGCGGACCGACUAUUGGCGCGCUAGGCGGCGGACCGAGGGGGUAUAGUGGACUCCCUCAGGCCGAUGCCGAGACGUCCGAUCUAGACCCGACUCAAUAUGACUACUUCCGUGGAUCAGCAAGGCGGCGCCAAAACGACCAAUGGUAG